GCGUGGGGGCGGGGCCUCUCGUCUGGUACAGUCAUCCCAAACCUCUUCGGCGGGAUUGUGAUGGCCGGAGAGAUGACGAUCUUAGGAUCAGCUGUUUUGACUCUCCUGUUGGCUGGCUACUUAUCACAACAGUACUUACCAUUGCCUACUCCUAAAGUGAUUGGCAUUGACCUUGGCACCACCUACUGCUCUGUUGGGGUGUUUUUUCCUGGCACAGGAAAAGUAAAGGUCAUUCCAGAUGAAAAUGGGCAUAUCAGCAUACCCAGCAUGGUAUCUUUUACUGACCAUGAUGUUUAUGUGGGGUAUGAAAGCUUAGAGCUGGCAGAUUCAAAUCCUCAGAACACAAUAUAUGAUGCCAAAAGAUUCAUAGGCAAGAUUUUUACCCCAGAAGAACUGGAGGCUGAAAUUGGCAGAUACCCAUUUAAGGUUUUAAACAAAAAUGGAAUGGUUGAGUUUUCUGUGACAAGUAAUGAGACCAUCACCGUUUCCCCAGAAUAUGUUGGCUCUAGACUGUUAUUGAAAUUAAAGGAAAUGGCAGAGGAAUAUCUUGGAAUGCCAGUUGCCAAUGCUGUUAUUUCUGUACCAGCAGAAUUUGAUCUAAAACAGAGAAAUUCAACAAUUGAAGCUGCUAACCUUGCAGGACUGAAGAUCUUAAGGGUAAUAAAUGAACCCACAGCAGCAGCCAUGGCCUAUGGUCUCCACAAGGCUGAUGUCUUUCACGUCUUGGUGAUAGAUUUGGGCGGAGGAACUCUAGAUGUAUCGUUGCUGAAUAAACAAGGAGGAAUGUUUCUAACCCGGGCAAUGUCUGGAAACAAUAAACUUGGAGGACAGGACUUCAAUCAGAGAUUGCUUCAGUACUUAUAUAAACAGAUCUAUCAAACAUAUGGCUUCCUACCCUCUAAGAAAGAGGAAAUUCACAGAUUAAGACAAGCCGUGGAAAUGGUCAAAUUAAAUCUGACUCUUCAUCAGUCUGCCCAGAUGUCAGUGUUACUAACGGUGGAGGAAAAGGACAGGAAGGAAGCUCAGGGUAGUGACACUGAACUGCCAAAGGAUAAACUGUCCCCAGCAGAUGACCACCAUGUGAACAGCAUGUUCGGAGCUGGCUUUUCUGAAAAGAAAAGUGGAGAAAGUCAGGUUUUAUUUGAAACAGAAAUAUCACGGAAGCUCUUUGACACCCUAAAUGAAGAUCUCUUCCAGAAAAUACUGGUGCCCAUUCAGCAAGUAUUGAAGGAAGGCCACCUGGAAAAGACGGAAGUCGAUGAGGUGGUUUUGGUUGGGGGCUCUACUCGUAUUCCUCGAAUCCGCCAAGUCAUUCAGGAGUUCUUUGGAAAGGAUCCCAACACGUCUGUAGACCCUGACUUGGCAGUGGUGACAGGAGUGGCCAUCCAAGCAGGGAUUGAUGGAGGCUCUUGGCCUCUUCAAGUCAGUGCUUUAGAAAUUCCCAAUAAGCAUUUACAAAAGACCAACUUCAACUGAAUUAUGGAGGAAUGAUUAUUUGUGAUCUUAUCAGACCACCUCCUCCAAAAAUAAAAAUAUCUAAACUAUCUUAAAAAUUUACCUAAAAGACAACAUUCAGAUAAACAAAAUUUACAUAACAUUUGUUUUAAGAUUGUGACUGGAUUGAUCCUAUUUGAUUUUGGAGAGAUCUCAUUCCUACAAAUACUUCUAAAAUGAUAGAAUAGGAACAUGGAUGGCUAUAUUUUCUGGAUUCUGGAAAUAGGUAACCAUACGUACUUAAAAUUGCAUUCUGUAGCCAUUGCCUAGUGCCAAUUAUAGGAUUCCCA